AUGGGCGGCAUCGUCGGCAGCGUGUUCGCCGUCACGGCGGCGCACUGCUUCGUGGACGAGCGCGGCGAACCUAUCUCCAACCGCGAGAUCCACGCCCAGGUCGGCGCGCCGGACUAUCGGGCCUCGCGCAUCAGCACCAAGGUCGUGCGCGCCUAUCUGCCGGCGGACUAUCGGAAAUCGGACGGCGGCAUGGCCGGCAUGUACGAUCGGGCGGACAUAGCCGUGGUGCGACUGGCCCGUAACGUCGUCAAGCUGCCGAAUUCGCACCAGUUGAAGAUAUCGCCGCUGCCGAGGUCGCACGUGUUCGGCAGAUACGACACUUCGUUGGUCGCGGGUUACGGCAGGAAGAGGACCGAUCCGACCCACGCGGAUUCGAGGUUGAGGUACGCCAUGAUGAAGCCCGUGGACGACGAGAUUUGCGGAUACAAUUAUUUGUUGGGCGGCGACGACACCGUCUUUUGCGCGGCUAUCACGGCUGCCAAUGCCGGGGCCAGUGUUUGCGAGGGUGACGACGGCACACCCUACGUGCAGCGAUCCGGUAUCACUGGCAUCCUGUCGCACGUGCCGGCCGACUGUUUGGGCACGUCGGACGCGAUCUUCACGAAAAUCGGCCCCUAUCGGCAAUUCAUCAGCCGAGCCAUGGCCGAUGACAUCGAUCACACCAUCAAGGUCGUGGAUUUCCAGUACAAUUACUAUGCCCUGUUCUAA